GCCAUGCCAUGCCCUCCCGAUCUGCCACAUGUACCCACGGGCUUGGGUCGUGAACACUCCUCGUCCCUUCGCUUUUAUCGCGUGUGACACAUCUCGCCUCUGCGUCUCCAAGUAGGCAAUUCUUCACGCACUGCGCGCCUACAGUGUAUAACGUGCUCGACCCAUGCCGUUCAGCAUGCGUCCUCAAUUCUUCUCCCUCUUGUUGUCGCUGGUGACCUUCUCCUGGGCUGCCACGGUCACGUUCGACCUGGACAUUGGCUGGGUCACGGCCAAUCCAGAUGGACAGGCGGACAGGCCUGUCAUUGGUAUCAAUGGCCAAUGGCCCAUUUCUGUCCUCGAGGUCACUCUGGGUGACAGGGUCAUCGUCAAUGUCCUCAACUCGCUCGGCAACCAGUCCACAUCCUUACACUUUCACGGUUUGUUCAUGAAUGGCAGCACGCACAUGGACGGGCCUGUCCAAGUGUCGCAAUGCGCUAUCCCACCAGGCUCCCGCUUCACCUAUGACUUCGAGGUCAAUCAACCAGGCACGUACUGGUAUCAUUCUCAUAAUAAGGGACAGUACCCGGACGGCCUUAGGGGGCCAUUUAUUGUUCAUGAUCCCGAUGACCCCUACAAGGACCAGUAUGAUGAAGAGGUCGUCCUCUCCGUCUCGGAUUGGUACCAUGACCAGAUGCCUGAGUUGAUCUCCUUCUUCAUGAGCAGACGGAAUCCCAGCGGGGCCGAGCCGGUCCCCCAGGCCGCCCUGUUCAACGACACCCAGGACCUAUCCCUAGCUCUGCAACCGGGAAAGACAUACUUCAUCCGCAUGGUCAACAUUGGCGCCUUUGCCGGGCAGUAUGUGUGGUUUGAGGGCCACAACAUGACCAUUGUGGAGGUGGAUGGCGUCUACACCCACCCUUCUACAGCCGAGAUGAUAUAUCUGUCUGCCGCGCAGAGAUGCAGCUUCCUCCUCACCGCCAAGAAUGAGACGGACACAAACUACCCAUUUGUGGCAAGCAUGGACACGAGUCUUUUUGAUGCGUACCCAGAGGACCUGAACUACAAUGUUUCUGGGUGGCUCGUCUAUGACGACAAGAAGCCCCUUCCGAAGCCUGCCUUGGUCGAGUCCUUCGAUGCCGUGUUCGACGACAUGACCCUGGUUCCGUAUGACGACCAGCCUAUUCUAGGCGAGCCAGAUCAGACCGUGACCCUCAACACCAUCAUGGGCAACCUUGAUGACGGUGCCAACUACGCCUUCUUCAACAACAUCACCUACACCCACGCCAAAGUCCCAACCCUCUACACCGCCCUGACAGCCGGCGACCAAGCCACAGACCCCGCCGUCUACGGCACCUACACCCACUCUUUUGUUCUUGAAAAGGAUCAAAUCGUCGACAUCAUUGUUAACAACAUCGACCCCGGCCGCCACCCUUUCCAUCUACACGGGCACGACUUCCAAGCCCUGCACCGCUCCCAAGCGGAAGCCGGCCCCUUUGAGGACUCCAACGUCACAGCAGCCUCCUUCCCCGCCAUUCCCAUGCGACGAGACACCUUGGUCUUGUACCCGGAUGGAAACAUGGUUCUCCGCUUCAAGGCCAACAACGCUGGUGUCUGGCUGUUCCACUGCCACAUUGAGUGGCAUGUUGUGUCCGGGCUGGCCGCGACGUUUGUGGAGGCUCCGUUGGAGUUGCAAAAGACCAUUAAGCUUCCACAGGAACAUUUGGACAUUUGCGCGAGCCAGGGCAUUCCGACCGCGGGGAAUGCAGCGGGCAAUGAGGUGAAUUUGCUCAAUCUGGAUGGUCAGCCCUCGCCGCCGGAUCCGUUGCCAGCAGGUUUCACGACCCGAGGCAUUGUGGCUCUCGUGUUCAGCUGCCUGAGUGGUAUCCUGGGCGUUGCGGUUCUUGUCUGGUAUGGCUUGGCCGGAGGGGAAAAUGACCCCGGUCUCCAGUCGUUGGCUGCCAAGGUUGAUGCUACGCCAGAGAUACGGGCGAUGGGGGGUGACGGGGAAAGAACAGGAGAGCAUGGCGUCUCCUCUGGCGCAGACGCAGGAAUACGGCUGUGAGGCCUGUAGGGAGUACCAGUGAUGAGUUCUUUCGAGCAUGAUGCUUAAAUUUAAUGAGUCCAGAUUUCUGGCCUUGAACCUCUCUAUACAUGUUUGCCUUUGAAU